CACGACACACCACGGUCGAGUGGGUUCGUCGUUCGCCGCGAUCUCGUUAUCUAAAUUAAAUCAUGUAACUUCCUCCGGCCAGAAUGCCGACGAAAGGUGGCUCCUACAUAAAACGGCCCGGAGUAAGCGAUGGUUGGUGGCUUUGUGCGCUGCUACCAGCGUGUUAUGGGGGCACGAUUUGGCGCAGUUAUCAACAUCACCAGCACCAUCCACAUUUACCGCAGGAUUACAAGCGCAGCGUAAUUGUGACCUGUGGUCUGUUGCUACACUCGCUAGCAAUCUAUGGGCAGCUCGGUGGACGCCUCAACGGUCGCCAUAAAGUCCUGCUGCAGCUUACGUUUUCGGCGCUCCUUGCGCUCUUGUUCCACACGUGCCUGGCGGAAAAUGUGGUGUUCUGUGUCGUUAGCGCUGUACUACCGAUCGUUCUGUACGAUCGGUUGUAUUUUACGAUAUUACGAGCGGUUCCAAAGGGCUUCACAUACGGUGAAGCAUUCGUCGUUUGCCAAGGAUUGGUAUCGUUCGCAUACAGCGCUUUGCUGCAGCUGCCUCGCGUUCUGUUACACUCGGACAUUGGUGACCAGCUGACGGAUAUGUCCACAAUUUAUCUUAUCCUGCAGAUCGGCCUAGUGGGCAUUGGCCUGCUGCUUUUCCUCACGUACUCAUUGCGCGUACUUAGAUAUUCUAUUCCGUUCUGGAUUUCCUUAGCCCUAACGACGCUCGGUGUGGCAUUGUGCCCGAUUGGUAAGCAACCGGCCAUCACUCGCCUGGUGCUGUUCCUGGUCGGCGAUGUGGAAACUAUGGUAACGACCGUGGUCUACCUUGGGCUGCUGGUUGUCACCGUUUCCUUCGUCAUGUGGCACUUCAACAAAGGACGACAAUCGACCACAGCAACCCGAAAGGUUUUCCACGUGCUGAUCGUGUUGGUGUACGCACCCGGGCUUUGGUACCAGUGCAAGAUGCUCUAUCUUGCCAGUGGCCUCAUGCUUGCGGUGUUUAUCGUGCUCGAGAUGGCCCGGCUUAUACAGCUUGAACCGGUUGCACCGAUACUGAACACCGCAGUGCGGUUGUUUAUCGACGAGAAAGAUGCUGGCGCAGUGGCACUUACACCGCUAUACUUGCUCAUUGGCUGCACGCUACCACUUUGGCUCUAUCCAUCUCCUUGUGAUCUUACCAACUCUGCCGGACUGCAGAUGCUGCUACUUUCGGCCGGUAUCCUAUCGAUCGGUAUCGGUGAUACGGCUGCUAGUGUCGUGGGUUAUUAUUUUGGCAGACACAAAUGGAACGCCUCUACCAACAAAUCAGUGGAAGGAACGUUAGCCUCGGUGAUACUACAAUCGUUGGCUGUGUACGGGAUGUAUCAUCUGGGAUUGAUACAUCUUUCUGUUAGUAGAGCAGCUUACGCCGGAAUUGCCAUCAUAGUCAACGCACUCGUCGAAUCGCGUACCGAUCAGAUCGAUAAUCUGGUUCUACCGCUGGUUACCUACGCCAUAUUGGUUUGCUCAACAUGAUCCUAAAUAAAAAAGGUUGUUCGUUUGUUUA